GCAGUGUGGCUUCGACUGCCGUACAACCAGGACCCUCUGCCGGUAACGUCCGCUACGUCGAGCUCGAAAGAAGGGAAGGCUCAACGAUUUAAGUUUAUUUGCAUUAUUUAACAUAAACAAAAUUCAUCUCGUUUUUUUCCCUUUCUCUGCUUUAUUUAACUCCUUUUUUUUUGGGUACGUGUUUUAUUUCCUCGUUGUUACUGUGUUUGUUUUCUUUAUUUCUCUCGUAUUAUAAUUUUCUCAACCAUUUUUCGUGUGUGUGUGUUUUUUUAAGUGAUUUUCUUCGUUUUUUUUUAAAUUUUAAUUUUGGAAAAAUACGGUUUCGCGUUUUCUUUAAAUUUUUUUCCCUCUGGGUGACUAAAGAAAUUAUUAAUUGACGGAAUUAUUCAUUCUCUCCCGGUCUUACUUGUUUUUAAUCUCUGUUUUAUCAUUUUCUUUAUCUUUUUUUCUCCCUCUCUUCCUUCUUCCAUGUACACGAGAGAGAAGGAUGAAGAACUCGUGAAAAAAUAACCCACUUGAGAAAAGAAAAGAAAAGAAAAGAAAAAAAUAAAAGAAAACGCGGAGAAAAUAAUAAUAAAAAAAAAAAUCGACCCGUAAGGAAAAAAAAUCAAGAGGGAAAAAAAACACAAGAAGAAUAAAAUCACAAACAAACAAACAAACACAAACAAACAAACAAACAAGCAAAUCAAGGAGACGAAAAAAAAAAAAACGCAACGAAACGACAGGCAGCCUCAGUGUCUCCAAGUGUCUCCUAAGUAUCCACAAGUAUCCACAAGUAUCUUACAAGUGUCACCAAGUGUCCGCAAGUGUCAUCGGCUGCCCUUGCCACUGUCUCCCCUUCCCUCUUCGUCGUCAUGCGGACCACCACCAGCUCCAUGACACCUGUCUUGUUUCUCGCUGUCAUGGCUCUUACAGCCAUGACCCCUCGUGUGGAUGCCUUGCGAUGCUAUCAGUGCGGGUCUUUUGCCGAGAGCAUGUCGACGGUGAACCCUUGUUUCGGAGUGAGCGAAGACGACCUGACAGAGUGCCCGGCUUCCCAUAACUCUUGCAAGCGCUACAGCAACGAGGGCGUGCUUGUCCUCGCCUGUUCUGACAACUGCGUGGAAAGUCACAGACAAAAUACGGACAUAACCUGCUGUGACACGGACGCAUGUAACACAGGAUUAACACUGGCGCCAUCUACCCUGUUUCUUGCUGCAGCCUCUGUCCUGCUACCUUUCCUUAGGAUCUUCCUUCUUCCUACGCACUAGAAGAAGGAGGGAAGGAUGGAGGAGAAAGAGGACGAGAAGAAGAAGAAGAAGAAGAAGGAG